AUGAACAAAGAGAACACAGAAAAGCUAAUCAGGAUAAUAAAUUUGCUGGAUAAAAUAUCCGAGCGCAAUGAUGGCAAGAACCCCAAGUAUGAUAAACUUAAAAGUUUUUUUUCAAGCGAGCUGUCAAGGACAUUCGACAAUUUGGACAAUCAGAAGUCGGUGUUUCCGUUGCACUGCGAAAAUGAUACGCGGGAUUUUAGUACCAACCAAAUAAUUGAAAAAAUUAAAAAGACGAAAAGUUUUUUCUACUUCAAUAAGUCAUACUCGAGUGAACGGGACGAAUCCACGUGUGGCGAAAGAGGAUGGGUUGCAACAGAUAAGGGGGGGAAUGUUCCUCAAAAUGAGGGGCAAACUCAGCACCAGGUCGAACCGCUAAUCGGACCAAUAAGCGAAUGUCCAACAGGCGCACAUGCGCUAGAGGAAUGGCCCCGUAAGGAAGACUCAACCGAACGAGUAAAUAACAGGUAUGCACAUUUUCCAGAUACCCACGGAGAAGGGAACAAAUCUGCAAGCAUAAGAGAGACAACUGGUUGUGUGAAGGGAUCUAAUCAGGGAGACAAAACAAACACAACCUUUUCAUUCGAAAGUGAAGGGUUUUCCUCUACUAAAAGGUAUACAGGUAGUUUCCACUUUAAAAGAAAGUUGCAACAUGAACGAAGAGACUACUUUAGUGACACUGAAUUGUUGGAAUAUAAUAACUCGAGUAGGAAAAAAAAAAAUUUACUAGAAAUGUUAAAGAGGCAGGAGGUCAGGAAGUAUAAGAAGAAGUUGUGUGAAGACUAUGUGGACAAUUCGGCAUUCAUUGCUCCAUCGAAGAAGUACGUUCAUCUUCACGAGGAAGUUGAGGCAGAUGAAUACCUAGAUCACAAGGGUCUCGGACAGUUACUAGAAAAAAUCCUAGAACAUUUGAACGUCAACCUGAAGGAGGCGAUGAAUAUAUACGUGAAGGAGAUAAACAAACUGAACAAGGCGAAUGACACGCUAAGCAGAAAGCUCGAAACUGCCGUUGAGAAUAACGACGAACAGGCCCAAGAAAUCAGAGACCUGAACAAACGGAUAAGUAAAAUAGGGGAAGAGAAAACCGAAAUGAAUAAACGCAUCGAAAGUUACGAAUUUACAAUACACAAGUCAAAGAAAUUAAAAAAUGAGGAACAAAGCGACAACGAAGCAAAAGGUGCCCUGGAACUGGAAAUAAAAAACCUCAAGAGAGAAUUAAAUUUGGCCAAUUCAUUGAACGAUAAAAUAAAAGAUGAAAAGUUGUCUCUCCAGGAAAGAAUAAAAAACAAAACGGAUAAACUUAGGAGAGAAAAAGACAAACUAAAAAUAGCCAAUGACUUGAUCUUAGAAAAGAGCGACUUACUGAUGCAGCUGCAGACGCCCGCCAAGUUCGAUGCACCCAUCCUAAAGAAAAAACGAAAGGCGGGAAGAAGGUGCUCAGUUCUUCACAGACGGAGGCACGAACGAAUCAGCAGUUACCGAAGUGACACCAUUCUGGACAACUACGAGAGAGUAAAAAGCAAGCUCCUCGAAAGCAACGAGAAAUGCUAUUUUUUAUCCAAAACGAACCUUGAAUUAUUUAAAGGAUUAAAAAGGAAAAGGAAAAAAAUUGACACGCUAAAUAAGCAGAUGUCUUACCUGAAAUGUUUCAUGAAAGGAAGAAAAAAAAUGGAUCGGUGCAAUGAAUAUCAAAUAAAAGAAAACAGUACCCCCACGUGCGAUUGCAUGGAAAGCAAUAAAAGUCACGUCCCAUGUGCAGAGGAAUACAAACCUACACAAACAAGUGAACAUAAUUCGUUCCCCAAAAUGUACGACCAUGUAAAAGGGGAGAAAAUUCAAGGCCUCAAAAAAAAUUAUCACAAUUUAACUAAUGAACACAAACUGUUGAAGAAAAAAUACGAACUGCUAUACAAGAAGUAUGCACGAUUGCUAGGAAAGGAGUCGAAUAAAAGCAACGAUUCUUCCUUUAAACAACAAAAGGGGGAGGAAAAUGUGCCAACGGAGAGUGACGUGAUUCACUCGUUCUACAUGAAAAGGGGGCAAAACAGGUUGGGGAGACCCCUCCACCAGGGGGACAAUUUAAUAAAUUACAUAAAAGCCAAGGUCAUACAUCGGAAGAACCUCCAUGUUCGAAAGUUUAGAAACUAUACGGAUCAAGGCAACGACUACAGCGAUGUGCAGUUCUACGUGUCCAAUGAAAUUUUAAGGAACAUGGACGUGAAGGAUAUUGUAAACAUUCGGUACAUUUACUCCUACGGGGAAGGACCAGUUCUUCCUUCCGAAAAGGAAAGCUCACCCAACUAUAACAUUUGUAAAUGCUGA